AUGAAUCACGCCAUUCUGUUCAUCUUGACCGUCUGUGGAACUGUUUUUCGAGGUCACUAUAUGGUCGCUGGUUACCCUGAUGGAGCCCCAGAGGGAACGUGCGAGAUCAUGUAUCCUGGACACCACACGAAACCGGAAGAUCCCACUUCAUCCCUGAUAGCGCCCCAGACCGGCAAACCUUUCUACAGCAUCGUCGUUGACAAGACAAAGGUCAAUCCUGGGGAAGAAGUUCAAGUGACGCUGCAGGCAGAUGAGUAUUAUUUUGAGGGAUUCCUGAUCCAGGUGAGAGAUGUGACGGUGCAGACGUCUCAGGGUGUCGCGAGAAAAUAUGGUACCUUCACCGCACUCUCCAACGACACGAAAGCCCUCUGUAAAAACCAAGCUUUGACACAUGCCACCCACUACCACUUCAACUCCACCACCAUGAAAUGGACGGCACCCAAUGAAACAAUAGAGAAUGUUCGAUUUACGGCAACAGUGGUCAAAGGUUACAAGACAUUCUUCCUGAACGUUCAUUCUGAAGUUUUGAACUUCUCAAGCCCCUCUCCUUCAGUGGUUCCAUCUCUUGCCUUGAUAUUGUUUUUGUUUUGUUUCAUGCUGUAUGGUCACAGUUUUUAA